CAAGUCCGAAAGAAAACGCUUUCAGUGUGGCAGUGACCGGAGUAGAAAGGUGUCGUGCAAGACCCAAGUGCAACAGCUUGCCCGUGUUGUGACGGCCAAAAGUUUCGAGUGUCGCGAAAAAGUGCUUUAUUUCUGGAAUUGGCGUUCGCCUGGAGGAUGAGUGGGCUGCGGCAGCAUGAGAGCGAGUCGCGAAGGACGUCGUGAGAGGAGUCGGGGGCGGCAGUGUUAGUGUUGUGUUGUGUCGCGAAGGAAUGCGUAAGUGGGACAAAUGUUGCCUUGAAUUUGCCACCCCAGUCCUGGAGAAGAAAUGUCCUGCAAGAGAUUCGUCAUGUUCUAUGGAUACCUCCUGUUCCUGCUGUGGCGGCUGGCUGCCGCUGGCGCCGCGGACCUGGUGAUCCAGAUCCCCGGCAACCUGAGCCCCGACGGCUCGUACCGCCUGGACUACUCGCCGCCGCACGGGUCGCCGCCGCCCAACGCCACCAUCGCCAGCAGGGACAUCGGGGACGUGAUCCAGUUCAGCCAGGGCCUGCCGGGCACCAAGUACGAGUUCUGGCUCUACUACUCCAACUCGACAGUCCACGACUGGCUCACCUGGACGGCGUCCAUCACCACUGCUCCUGAUCCGCCUACCAAUUUGUCAGUGAAUGUUCGGAGUGGUAAAGUGGCCCAAGUGUCUUGGAGCCCACCCGUCAUUGGGCAGUACACUAAUUUUAAAAUUAAGGUCGUGAACUUGUCGGAGUCACCGCAUCAGCAGCCAGUCUUGCGAUCAGAAGAUGCCGUCAGCCCGUUUGCACUCAAGGACCUCAUGCCAGGAGCAUCUUACCAGCUUCAGCUCUUCACCGUUUAUGAAGGAAAAGAGAGUGGAGCCUACACGUCAAGAAACUUUACAACGAAACCAAAUACCCCAGGAAAAUUUAUUGUGUGGUUCCGAAAUGAAACAACUCUGUUGGUGCUGUGGCAGCCACCAUACCCACCUGGAGUUUAUUUACACUAUAAAGUUUCCAUAGACCCUCCUGAUGCCGUAGAAAGUGUUCUGUAUGUCGAAAAGGAGGGGGAACCUCCUGGCCCUGCGCAAGCUGCAUUUAAAGGCCUAGUUCCAGGUCGAGCUUACAAUAUAUCUGUGCAGACGGUGAGUGAAGAUGAAGUGUCAGCUCCUACAACAGCUCAAUACCGCACAGUUCCCCUGAGACCGAUGAAUGUAACUUUUGAUAAGAAUAGCAUCACCUCGAAUUCUUUCCGUGUUCAUUGGGAGCCUCCAAAAGGAAACAGCGAGUUUGACAAAUAUCAAGUUUCCAUCUCUGUGAGGAGGCAACCUCCAGUGACUCGAAAUCGUGAUGAGCCGACGCAGUGGGAGUUCAGAGACGGCUUGGAGGCAGGCAAAACUUAUCAAGUGCUUGUGAAGACGGUAUCUGGCAAAGUAACAUCCUGGCCUGCCUCAGGGAAUGUCACACUGAAGCCUCUUCCGGUCCAGGACUUGCACUCCUCCACAGAUGACAAGACCGGAGUUGUUAAAAUCACAUGGUCCCCAGAUAAUUCCAGCUAUCAGGAAGGAUACAAAAUUACUUACCAUGAGGUUGAAACCUAUAACGGUGAUAGUAAUUCUGUCUUGGUUGACAAAGACCAGACCUCUUUAUCAUUAGAGUCAUUGUUGCCUGGGAGAAACUACUCUGUCACUGUUCAAGCUACUAGUAAUGGGCUGGAUUCAAAUCAUACCAACAUAUAUGUUGCUACUCUUCCAUCAUCACCCAUCAUUGAAGAUUUGCGCCCUAUCAUAAAUGGACUCAAUAUUUCAUGGAAAUCUGACGUUAAUUCUCGUCAAGAAAAGUAUGAAGUAACCUACAUUAGAAAUGAUACUGGUGAACGGGUUACAACUUUGACAACCGACUCUCGACUUGUCCUUGAUAAUUUGUAUCCAGGUGCAGGAUAUGAGGUGGAAGUUUUUGCUGUAAGCCAUGGAUUACGUAGUGAGCCACAUGACUACUUCCAAGCCGUGUACCCUCAUCCACCUCGAAAUCUGAGCAUUGAAAAGGUGACCAGCAACUCUGUGUUAGUACGGUGGGAAAGCCCAAAGGAUUCCAUAUUUUCUGAGUAUUCAAUCAGGUAUCGCACAGAGGAAGAUGAGCGAUGGGUCAAGCUUCCUGCAGUGCGUGAAACAGAGGCUGAGGUUGCUGAUAUGACACCUGGGGAGAAGUAUAUGGUCCAAGUCAAUACUGUCAGCUUUGGUGUAGAAAGCAAUGCUCCUCAAGAAGUUAACCAUACCGUCCGUCCAAAUCCUGUAACAAACAUUGCUCCAUUGGUGGAUUCUAACAAUGUUACUCUGGAAUUUCCCCGUCCAGAAGGGCGGAUUGAGUAUUACAUCAUUAUGUGGCAAGCUGAAGAUGGUGGUGUGGAUCCUGCACCCAAGUCACGAAAUGUUAAUGACACUGGUGUUGAGGAGGGAGCUACUGUCCGAAUUCUCAUCAGUGAUCUAAUGCCUGGAGUGAAGUAUGUCAUGGAAAUUCAGACUGUCAGUUACAAUUUACAUUCAGAUACCACAAAGUUGUCUACCAGAACCAUGCCAUUGAUUCAGUCUGAAGUACUAGUUGUAAGUAAUUUGCAAGAAACUGGGCAGCUAACACUUCGCUACACCCCUACACCUCAAACAUCAUCUCACUUUGACCGAUAUCGAUUCCGGCUCUCUGAUCCUUCCAUACCGGACCGUGAAAAACUUGCAAAUGAUACAGAAUCCACAAAGGUGAUAUUUACGGGCCUUGUACCUGGCAGGCUCUACAACAUCACUGUUUGGACGGUAUCUGAUGGUGUUGCAAGUCAGCCACUUCAGAGGCAAGAUCGAAUGUAUCCUGAACCAAUUGUUGGAAUCAAUGCCUCUCAAAUCACUGACACAGAGAUAACUUUAACUUGGGAACCUCCAAGGGGAGAAUUUAAUGCUUUUGAGGUGCAAUACCUCAACACAGAAGGUUUAUUAAUCCAGAAUUUGACUCUGGGAGACUCAAUCACUAUUAGUGACCUGAAACCUCAUCGAAAUUAUACCUUCACUGUUGUUGUCCGCUCUGGUACUGAGUCAUCGGUUUUAAGGAGGUCACUCCCAGUGUCUGCCAUUUUCCAAACCCAUGAAUCUGUUCCUGGCAAGGUGGAAAAGUUUGGGCCGGUGGACAUACUACCUGGGGAUAUUUCAUUUGAGUGGGGGUUACCAAGCAAUCAACAGAAUGGCAUCAUACGGAAAUUCACUAUAACAUAUGGAUUGGAGGGCUCAACUCACACUCAAGUUCGGGACUUUCAACCUUGGGAUACUCAUGGCACCAUCAAGAGCCUGUUCCCUGGCAAAACAUAUGUGUUCCGAAUUCAGGCUGAAACUCGAGUAGGAUAUGGGCCUGAAGCUGUGUGGAAACAGAAGAUGCCUAUUCUACCUCCACCCAAAUGUUCACCUACCUAUGUUCCCACUGAAGUGUGCCGCAGUACUACUUCCAUACAAAUACGCUUCCGCAAGAAUUACUUUUCGGAUGCUAAUGGGGUGGUGACGUCAUAUACUAUCAUUGUUGCUGAAGAUGACACCAAGAACUCAUCUGGUCUUGAGAUGCCAAGCUGGAAAGAUGUUCAAGCAUACAGUACAUGGCCACCCUACCAAGUUAUGGAUCCAUAUUAUCCUUUCAAAAACUCAAGUGUUGAAGAUUUUACUAUUGGAUCAAUGAACUGCGACAAAACUCGACCUGGGUACUGCAAUGGUCCUUUAAAAUCUGGCUCAACCUACCGCAUCAAAUUGAGAGCAUUCACAGCGCCUGAUAAAUUUACUGACACAUUCUACUCAUUCCCUAUCCAAACAGAUCAAGACAAUACACCUAUAUUUAUUGGAGUGGGCGUACCCGCAGCUUUGAUUGUUCUGUUAUUAAUUACAAUUUUACUACUGCGGCGGAGAAGAUCAGCUCACCGAAAGGCCACUGACUCACGCAACAAUGACAACAUGUCUUUGCCUGACAGUGUCAUUGUGACAAGCCGUGCAAUACGCCUGGAAAGUUUCGGAGACCACUACCGCCUCAUGUCUGCGGACUCAGAUUUCCGUUUUUCCGAAGAAUUUGAGGAGUUAAAGCAUGUGGGCAGGGAGCAGAGCUGUUCUGCUGCUGACCUUCCUUGCAACAGGCCCAAGAACCGCUUUACCAACAUCUUACCAUAUGACCAUUCCAGAGUAAAACUCCAGCCUGUUGAUGAUGAAGAGGGAUCAGAUUACAUAAAUGCCAACUAUGUUCCCGGUCACAAUUCUCCUCGUGAGUUUAUAGUCACUCAAGGACCCCUCCAUUCAACCAGAGAUGAUUUCUGGCGAAUGUGUUGGGAGUCUAAUUCACGUGCCAUUGUAAUGUUAACCCGAUGCAUCGAGAAAGGCAGAGAAAAGUGUGACCAUUACUGGCCGUAUGACACACUCCCUGUAUAUUAUGGAGAUAUUUGUGUAACUAUUCUUAAUGACAGUCACUAUCCUGACUGGACCAUUACUGAAUUCAUCAUGUGUCGGGGCGAGCAAUCGCGUGUCAUGAGGCAUUUCCACUUCACUACCUGGCCAGAUUUUGGUGUGCCAAAUCCUCCCCAGACCUUAGUUAGAUUUGUGCGAGCUUUUAGAGAUCGCGUUGGGCCUGAUCAGCGGCCCAUCGUUGUACAUUGCAGUGCGGGAGUGGGUCGCUCUGGUACAUUUAUUGCUCUGGAUCGCAUACUCCAGAGUUUAUCCCACUCAGAUAGUGUUGAUAUCUUUGGUAUUGUCUGGCAAAUGCGCAAAGAAAGAGUGUGGAUGGUCCAGACAGAGCAGCAGUAUAUUUGUAUACACCAGUGCCUACUAGCUGUUUUGGAAGGAAAUGAAGGAGGUGGGGGACCUGGAUCUACUCAACGAGAAGCUCACCACAACCAGGGCUUUGAAGAAUGGUGGAAUGGAGUUCGUUGCGCUCUUCGUUCUGUUGCUGCCUCUGUUCGCUGUGCGAUGUCUUCUAAGUCAACUGAUGCUCCCUCCAAUGUCACAGAAGGCAGAGGCGAAAAGGAGAAGUGACAAAUGGUGUCUCUGAUGAUGAAGGGAUUGCAGAAUCUGGCAUGUGAGACCUGCUCAGAGUUCAAUGACACAGUCAUUUGUCAGUGAAUGUGAAUCAACCUCGCUCCAGUCAUCAAAUGUGCCCUACCCUUAACUCAUAAAUAUAUACAUAUAGAAGUGUUUGCACAAACCGUACUCUACUGUGGAAAAGAGGCAUGGAAAACAGACAAUUUAAACUUUUAGCCACAACCAUUUUUAUUAUGAAGUACAUUCAAGUGUGACUCAAAGCAUGUUUCAUUGUUGUGCUGAUAAUCCUUUUUAUGAUGCUACAAUCAUUUUUAUCUCCUGAAGAUUAUUUUAUGUUCUGACGACAUGCGAACUAUUUUAAGUAUUCAUUCUUGUCUGCUUUAUAACAAAACAUGCAUGUGAUAACUUUGCAAUGUAUGAUAUACAUAUAUAUUUACCUAAAUUUCAGUCAAUGGGGCUUGAAUCUCAUACAGCAACUUCAUAUUAACAAAUUGUUCGUGUUAGUUUUGCAUUGGUCUGUUUGUAUGUGAUAAUGCUGUCAUUUGUUUUAUUUUCUAAGCCAGUGUACCAUUCUGAAUUUUUCAAACUUGCUUAGAGUUUUUUGUAUUUGUAUGUAUCUUCGUUUGCCUCAUUAUGAGCUUAGAUUGAUUAGGAAGCACAUCAGUCAGUAGGAUGCAUUUACUGUAUGUUGAUGGUUUCUGUUAACUUGUGUUUUCCUAGAAUUUUAUUUUCUAUCGAUAUUUGUACUUGUUACAUUCUUAGUUGUUUCUUUUUACUUUUUGAAAACCAUUGUCUUCAACCAGUUUUCUCUUAUCUCAGUUAAUAGAGGACUUCUCAUCAUUCUCUCUAGAUCUGUGAGAACACAUGUAUUCAGAACUUGUGUUUGAAAAUACCAUUUUAGUCUGGGUGUCAUGCAACCUUUUUUCUCCUUUGAUUUGCGUUAACUCUGUCUUAGUAUUAUCUCACUUCUCAAGUGGAUUGCUUGAGAAGAUAGGAAAGCAUUGUGAUAGUAGAUUUAAGGUGUAUGCAUUUAGUAUAUUGACAACGCUCAUUGUAAGUCAAAUUUGGAUUAAAAAGAAAACAUUUUUGUUUGCUUUUAGCCCUUGCCUCAAAAGUGGUUUCUUGAAAUUGAUUGAGCAUAGUGUUUAGAAUGAAAUCUAGUUUUAAAUAAUUUUGUGAGUAUGAAAGUUGAUUGUUGUCUUUUUCUAAGAAAGAAUGUUUUUAAUCUUUUUUGUAUUUUAUGUGUGGCUUUCUUUUUGGUGAAUGUACUUACUUCAAAACUAAGUGAAUAUAUUUAGUUAUGAGAUAAAUUUUGUUGUUAAUUGUAGUGUGCCAGAUCUUAGCAAGAAUGGUUACCAUUUUAAUAGGAAUAGUUUUACUCUGGCACCGCACAUUGAUCAAAUUACUCUAAAUUGAUGGAAAGAGGAGAUCAUGGAAUCUGAGUUUGUUCCUUCGUCUUGGCUUUCCCUGCGGAGUUUGUGGCAAUCUGUUAUGUCAAUUAAUUUUUUGCAAGUAAUACAAUCACCAUCUAACCCACAUAUCUUACAAGGAAACGUUUGAUUUUAAGCUGAAUAUUUUGCAUCUCGGGCACUGGCACUCCUAUACCAAUUACGUAUGAUCAAAUUUACCAUCUUUGAAUAAAUUGAUGGUGUACACUGUUACUAGCUAUUGGAGAUGACCCUGUACACAUGAUGAUUUCAAAGGACUGUGGCACCUUUUGUAAAUCCUGCCCAAUUAUGUUUCAUUUUAGUAAUGACAAAUUUAAUUGCAGUAUUGUGUCGCAUUUGUUUUCAGGUGCAACAUAGCAUUUCCUAAGCAAUCAUUGUUUUGGGGACCAAUUAGAAUAAUAGUCUGAUUUUUUAAAUAUGGCAUAUGGAGCCUAACUUGUCUUUUGUAUCCGAUUCCGUCCAUUUUCUUUAUCCUAUUGCCAUUGUAGUGAUAUUCAUUGUCACUGAUUGUUAGGUAAGGAAAACUCUGUUAGAAAAAUGACUGUCAAUAAAAUUAAAUAUAGAAAUCUGACCGAAUUUGGAGCAUUGUG